AUGUUUGAUGUUGUUCGUGCUUAUAAAGGGUUGAAUGCUGAAAAAGAUGCUCUCCAAGCAAUUGUCGAAGCGUUGAGUAGUCGAGAUCCCGCGAGUAAAAAUGCCAAGCCAUCCGCGAAUGUAUCCUCCUCGGAUGAAUCAUUUCAGCGAACCGAGGAAAUGGCUCAAAAUGAGGGCACGGAAAGUGAUACAACAGAACAACCUUCAGAUAAUGAUAAAUUGGAAAUGUUAAAGCGAUCGAUAGUGACGCUAACUAACGAAAAGAAUCGACGUGAGGCUGCCUUUCAAGCUGAUAAAAGAGCAUUAUUGGCUGAAAACGAGGCGUUGAAAGAGCGAAUAGAGAAGUCUGCGAAUGAAACCGAAGCACAAGCUGAAAAAUUAGAACAACAUAUGAAGGUUUUACGUGCUAAAGUGAAACGAAUCGAAGAGGAUCGUGAAAGAGAGCUGUCUGAUCAUGGUUCUGUGUUAGCUGAGAUGCAGCAGCGGUAUGCGAAAGAACACGCAACUUGUGAACAAUUGGAAAGACAAAACUUCCCACUGAAUGAAUUAUUUUCACCAAUAUUUAUGCGUUCGUUUGAACAAACGUUUUUUUUNUUUUUUUUACAGAUUGCGGAAUUAUACAAGAAAUUAAGGCAUCACGAGGAGUAUCCGGCAGAGAUGGAAACGAAAUUGUGUAAUUUGAACUCAGAGCUGAAAGCAGCGAACGAAGAAGCAUCAUUUUGGAAGAAAAAAGCUGUCAAGAUUCCAACAGUCCAAAUGCUUGAAAGUGAACUGAAAAAUCUGAAGGAAGAGAGUCAACGAGAAUUGAACGAAUUGAAAUCUCGAAUCAAUUCAACAGACAACCCUGAGCGAGAAGCAAGACUGCAUGAACUUGAAGAAAGACUACAUAAUAUGACAGCAAAAUUGGCUAAAGGAGAGCGAAUUCGAUUGGAGUUGCAACAGAAAGUGGAAGACUUGCAAGCGAGGAAUAAUCAUCUGCAAGUCGAAAAUGAUGAUCUGAGUCAGGAAUUGGGUGCGAGGCGAUUAUUAAGUGACGAUUCUGGUAAUAUUGAGUCAGUUCGUGAACGUUUCAUCGAAUUCGCUGAAAAGCUACGUGCUGCAGACUGUAACGUCAAUUUUCAUGAUUUAGCGCUUUAUCAUUCUUUGAAUAUCACCUUCAGAUUCAUGUUUGUUUUUUUUUCAGAAUUACUUAAAUUGGAACAACCAUCAAAAGAACAAAAAGAGCAAUAUAUGCAGCUGAAAGAUGAUUUUGAACGUUAUAAACUGAAGGCUCAAGCCAUUCUCAAAUGCAGAAAUCUUCCGGAAGGAUCGUUGGACGGUCAUUCAAAUUUGCCACUGGUAUCAUCACUUGCAUCUAUUAAUCAGUGUUCAUCAUGUGCAUCGUCUGAUGUUGAAUUAACACAUAUGCGAUCUGUCAUUGCAUCGUUACAUGAAAAGUUGCAUAAACUAGAAAUUGAUCAUGAAAUCGCUAAAAAGGAUCAUGAAAAACAAUGCGCACGAUUGCACACCACAAUAGCCGAUAUGCAGUCAUCGCAAGUGAACGCAACUAACGAAUUGCGGCAUCAAAUGCAACAAAAAGUAACUGAAGUAGAAGAUGAGAUGCAGAAGCAACGAGCUCGAACAUUACAAGUUCUCGCUGAGAAACAAAAAGAACUUGAGGUGACCAGAACGAUUCUGGUUUCGAUUAGAGGUCAGCAAAUAAAUGCUACCGAUCCAGUAGACCCAACUCAAGCGAACAUGAUCAGUGAUUGUCCGCAAUCGAGGUGCCUUCGUAAGAGUUCGUCGAAAGAUGCAGUUCAGUUGAACGACGACGAAAAUCAUAAAAGUUCAGCAGUCUUAAGUGCAUCCGCCGCACAAUCGGUUUCGUUGGCACCUGUUUCAAAUUCGACUUUAUCACGUAACAUAUUCUAUGAGCAACAGUUGGCAAAACGCGAAAAAGAACUUAAUGAUCUGAGAAUCGCAUUAGAAACAUCCGAAUCGAAUAUGCGUGCCAUACAACAAUCUUCACUGACGAAAGAUCUUCAACAUUAUGAAAUAAUUGAAAAAUUAAAAGACGAAAUUAGGAUCCUUGAAGGUAAAGUGAAUUUCUACAGUGGUGAUGCAAAUGUCGAGUAUUUGCGUAACGUUUUCGUACAACUUCUGCACUGUGACAGCUCGUCCGGACGCAGGCAUAUUCUCAAGGCGAUCGGUACUGUUCUUAAACUGAGUAACAAUGAAAUGAAAUCAUUAGAUAAGCAUAGCUUUUGUUAA